AGUUCGUUUUAAGCAUCAAUUCGUUUAUGCAAAUAGAGAGAAUAUCAUGUCAUGUCUUAAAAAACAAAGUUGCUCAGAAACAAUCUUUUUUUGGUUUUGAUUUUCAAGUUAGUAGUAGGAGGAGGAGGAGAUCUUUUAGGAAUCUAUUCCUCUGUUUUUUUUCUUUGGUUGAGAAGGACCCAGAGAAACUCUUGUUUUGUUUUCAGAGAAUCUCUGUUUGUGGUCUCUCUUUAUGAAAUCUUUAUCUCUAUCUUCUUUCAGAUUCUGCUUCUUCUGUCUAGUUACUUAGUGGCCAAGAUUCACUUAUUUGACUCGGCAGGCAAAAUCUACCGAAUAUCUUAUCUUCUUGCAACUUGUUUAUAGACUUAAAGCUGUGUACUUACUUUGUUUUGUUGCUUCUUCUUAUCCUUUGUCUUGUUCUGUCUCUUGGUCGUGAUAUGAAUUAGUUCUUUCUUCUUGGUUAAAUUGCAGAACAAGUGAAAGAGCUUAAUAUCCACAAGACUCUUGUUUCUUUCUUAAAUGGCUAAAGUUUAUUGGCCUUAUUUCGAUCCUGAAUAUGAGAACUUGAGCUCCAGAAUCAAUCCUCCAAGUGUUUCUAUAGAUAACACUAGCUGCAAAGAAUGCACUCUUGUCAAGGUGGACAGUAUGAACAAACCUGGAAUACUACUUGAAGUUGUGCAAGUCCUAACCGAUCUCGAUCUCACUAUCACUAAAGCUUAUAUCUCUUCUGAUGGUGGAUGGUUCAUGGACGUAUUCCAUGUCACCGAUCAACAAGGAAACAAGGUUACUGAUAGCAAAACCAUCGAUUACAUCGAGAAGGUGUUAGGACCAAAGGGUCAUGCUUCGGCUUCACAAAACACUUGGCCUGGUAAAAGAGUCGGUGUCCAUUCAUUAGGCGACCACACAUCGAUAGAGAUUAUUGCUCGUGAUCGUCCUGGUCUCUUGUCGGAGGUUUCAGCCGUACUAGCAGACCUCAACAUUAAUGUGGUGGCAGCUGAAGCAUGGACUCACAACCGUAGGAUUGCGUGUGUCCUCUAUGUGAAUGACAAUGCAACUUCUAGAGCCGUUGAUGAUCCAGAAAGAUUGUCUUCCAUGGAAGAACAGCUUAACAAUGUGCUGCGUGGGUGCGAAGAACAAGAUGAGAAAUUUGCUCGGACGAGUCUCUCCAUUGGGUCGACUCACGUUGAUCGAAGGCUUCAUCAGAUGUUUUUCGCUGAUAGAGACUACGAAGCAGUGACUAAGCUUGAUGAUUCUGCUUCUUGCGGAUUCGAGCCCAAAAUCACGGUUGAGCAUUGUGAAGAGAAAGGUUACUCCGUGAUAAACGUGAGCUGCGAGGAUCGACCAAAGCUCAUGUUUGACAUUGUAUGCACGCUUACGGAUAUGCAAUACAUUGUGUUUCACGCCACGAUUUCAUCAAGCGGCUCUCAUGCUUCUCAGGAGUAUUUCAUCAGACACAAAGACGGUUGCACUCUUGACACAGAAGGAGAGAAAGAGAGAGUUGUCAAAUGUCUGGAAGCUGCAAUCCAUAGACGAGUCAGCGAGGGUUGGAGUUUGGAGCUCUGCGCAAAGGACAGAGUUGGAUUACUGUCGGAAGUGACAAGGAUUCUGAGAGAGCACGGGCUAUCAGUGUCGAGAGCUGGUGUGACAACAGUAGGAGAACAAGCCGUCAACGUUUUCUAUGUGAAAGAUGCUUCAGGGAAUCCAGUGGAUGUGAAGACGAUUGAGGCGUUACGCGGAGAGAUUGGACACAGUAUGAUGAUUGACUUCAAGAAUAAAGUUCCGAGCAGAAAAUGGAAAGAAGAAGGUCAAGCCGGAACAGGAGGAGGAUGGGCCAAAACCAGUUUCUUCUUUGGGAAUUUGCUGGAGAAGUUACUGCCUUGAGAGAAAAGGUAACUAUGUGUGGAUAAAACGUACUGUAAAAUGUGUAUUAUGUAUGAUCUAGAGGGCCUUAGUGUGAUGUAUGACUUGGUCAGGGAUUUUGGUGGUUUGCCCGAAGUCAAACCGAACCAAAACUGGUUUUCGGUUACUUUAGACUUUAGUCAUAGUAAAAUGAACAUGUCUAUAAAUGAAUAAUAUGCAACUCUUCCAAUUGGUAGGCUUGCUUUUGUCUAUGUAAUAUCAAUCCUUCUUGUUAUGUAUUUAUCUUUGGCCAAAUGUGAUAUUUUCUGUAGUUUUAAUCUCUUCUUUUCCUUCUAUUUUGUAACUUCUUCGAAUCUUUAAUGUCAAUAUCAUUGCAGUGAGAAAAAUGGAUUAUAUAAUUCAGUGAGUAUACAGAAUAUACACUUAUAAAUAGUACACAAGCCUAAAAAGUGAUAAAUGGGUGCAUCUGCGGGUACUUUUGUUACAGUCGAAACUGAAAAAAAAACUAAGUCAACCGCUUGAUGUUUCCAUAUCCUAGCGAAUAAUAUUCUUUCUUCCAUAACUUUCAUGUAAGCAAAGUACUUAAGAGUAUAAACUAAGUUUAAAAACAUUGUUUAAACGAGAAAAAAUAAGAAUUUAUAUUACGCAUGUAUAACUUAGAACACUUCUUAGGGUUUGGAUGUUAUGUCCAAUUAGUUUACACAAAAUUAAAAAAAUAACACUUAUAAAAAUGUGAGAAUUUAAUAUGUGCAAAAUAUAUUGAACCUAUGACACUGCUUAAAGACCUCAUAUUAUGUACAGGAUGUUGUGUCCAAUUAUUUUACAUAUAUUAAACUUUAACCUUUAAAAACAAAAAUAUUAUGUGUAUUUAAAAAGUUAAAACAUUUUUUCUAAAAUAUUACAUAAAAAGUAAAAUAAAAUUCUUAAAUUUUAAAUAGUGGUGUAAAAAUCAAAAUUAAAAUAUUUUUUAUAUUAAAAUGUUAGAAUUUAAUAUGUGUAAGAUAUAUUGAACCUAGGACACCGCUAAAGGACCUCAUACUAUGGACGAGAUGUUGUGUCCAAUCAUUUUACACAUAUUAAAAAUUAACAUUUUUUCUUAAAAAUAUUAUAUAUAUUUAAUAUAAUUUUUUAUCUAAAAAUAUUAAAAAUUAACUUUAAACAAAAACUUGAAUAAAAAUUGCAAAAAAACUUUAAAUAUCCGUAGGAAAAAACU